AUGGAAUCGACGGCCGGGCUGAGGUAUCCCCUCGUGGCGGGGUAUCGUAUCGGCGAGGAGAUUGGCGGCGGGGGGUUUUCCAAAGUCUUCCGCGCAAUCGACGACGCAGAGGGCCGUGUGGCCGCGUGCAAGGUCGUCAACCUCUUCAUCUCGCCGUCGCUCGGGUACGGCACGCCAAACGUCAAGGAGCUGCAGAAGGAGGUGCAGGUGCACAAGUCGCUGCGCAACCCGUACAUCCUCGAGUUUGUCCACCACGAGAUUGUCGAGCGCGAGAAGGAGGCAGAGGGGUACGUCCCGGGGUUGUACAUGAUUCUCGAGCUCGCCGUGGGAGGGGAUCUGUUCGACAAGAUUGCCCCGGACGUCGGCAUUCCUGAAGACUUGGCCAAGUUCUACUUUGCCCAGCUGGCAGAAGGCAUCGAAUUCAUCCACUCGCGCGGCAUCGCCCACCGCGACAUCAAGCCCGAGAACCUGCUCCUCGCCGCCAACGGAAACCUCAAAGUGACCGACUUUGGCCUGUGCGCAGUGUUUAGGUACAAGGGCAAGGAGCGCAAGCUGAGCGGGCGGUGCGGCUCGCUGCCGUAUGUCGCGCCGGAGCUCGGCGCGCCGGGAGGGUACGAUGCCGAGCCGGUCGAUAUCUGGGGCAUGGGCGUCGUGCUGUUCACCAUGCUCGUCGGGAACACGCCGUGGGACGAACCGUCCCGCAACUCGCCCGAAUUCACCGCCUACCUCUCGGGCGAGAUCUGGCAGAUGGCGCCGUGGAACAGGAUAACAGGGCAGGCCAAGAACAUACUCCAGCAGCUCAUGCUCGUCGACCCCAACCGCCGUAUCUCGCUGCACGCCGUCAAGGCGCACCCGUGGUGCAUGACCCCGUCGCAGCUCACGCGCGAGCAGAUCCCCGAGGCUCUAACGCAGGGUAUGCGGCAGGAGGGCAUGAUGGCCAUCGCGGACCCGACGUUUGCGGACCCCUCUGCGCAGGCAUAUGCCGUGUCUCGCUCGCAACGCGUGUUUGGCGAGAGCCAGUGGGGCAGCCAGUGGAACCCGCAAGAGUCGCAGUUCAUGCGCGGGACAGGUAACCUCACACAAGGCGGCGACUACGACAACAUUACAACACGCUUCUGGCUCAACCUGACACCACAAGACGCCUUCCUCCUUCUGCAGCAGUUCCUUGCGGCGUCGCUGGGCGAGGACAACGUGCAGGCCAACGCCGAGCGCCUCGUCAUCCGCGUCCACAAGCCUGCAGGCCAGAAGAGCGUCACGGGCACGUUUAAUCUGCGCGCAAGCGACGCGCACGCGCCAGAAGGCCAGACGCUCGUGCGCAUGAAGCGUGAAAAGGUGCGUUGGAAGCCCAUUGCCGAGACUAACGCGACGCAGGGCUCAAUCCUCCACUGGCGCGCGUUCUGGUGGGCGACGGUGCGCAACGCCCAUCUCGAGCCGUAUGUCGUUCGGGGCGACUCGUAG